CAAAGAGUGACCACCUUCCAGAAAUCAGCUAAAUGUGCUACUGAAUACAUGUGGUUUUCCUGAAUGCCUCUGCUGACAAGUUCAAGCUAAAGGACCUUUUAAGGUAUAAAACAUGGACAUCUUUCUGACAUCACAGUGAAUUUACCUUUCAGAUCUGGUAGGUUGUUCCAAAAAAAAAAAAAAAAAACCCCAAUAACAUAAUGACAAAAGUUCCUAAAAAUUGUUUGAGGUCACCUCUCGUGAAACGACGUCACACUUAUUUCUUUCRAAAAUGCACAUGUAACAGGAUGUCUGAAAGGAUGAACGGAGAGGAAGAAGCUGCAGAGCUUCAGUUUGCAGCCACAGAGAGCAGCUCAGGAUCAAUCAGCCCAGCCCAGCCUGGUCCCCAGAGACACAGAUGCUUCAGAGGAGAGUCAACGGGAUGGAGCUGCUCCUUCUGCUGUGGAUGGUUGUGAACUUGAUGGGACGGACAUCAGCAGCUGCAGAUCAGUACAGCAGAGCAGUGGACUGGCUGAGCAAAUACGGCUACCUUCCUUCUCCUGACCCACGCAGCAGCAAACUGCAGACCAGGGAAGGGAUCGAGAAAGCUAUCCGUGUAAUGCAGCGAUUUGGAGGGGUCCCUGAAACUGGGCUGCUUGACGGAGAAACGAUCAAACUCAUGUCCACACCACGGUGCUCGCUCCCCGACGUUGUAGGAGGCGAGGACAUAAGGAGGAGGAGGAGGAGGAAAAGAUACGCACUGUCAGGCCUGAAGUGGACAAAGACAGACCUCACAUGGAGUGUCCACAGCUACCCCACGCCCUCCAUUUCCCCCAAMCUCCCUAAAAACACAGUGGACAACCUCUUGCGUCAUGCCUUCAAAGCCUGGAGUGAUGUGGCCCCCUUAAAUUUCCGCCAGUUGGCGGGCRACAGAAGAGGGGCCACAGUUGGAGGGGACAUCAAAGUGUCAUUUGCCAGCUUGCUUCAUGACGAUGGCUACCCAUUUGACGGACAGGGCGGCACUCUGGCCCACGCCUUCUUCCCCGGUGACAGUGAAGUGUCUGGUGACACUCACUUUGAUGAUCAUGAAAUCUGGAGUUAUGGAGGUGACAGCAGCAGCACAGACUUGUUCACAGUGGCUGUGCAUGAGUUCGGCCACGCUCUGGGCCUGUCUCAUUCYUCCUCUGAUCCCUCCAUCAUGAGGCCGUACUACCAAGGCUCUGUGGAAGAUUUUUCCAUCUUCAAGCUGGCCUUGGAUGACAGGAUGGCCAUCCAACAGCUCUACGGUGUGAGAGAUGACCGACAACCAGGUGUUGUUAAACCUAACCCAACACGCCUACCUCCUCCGCCUCCACCAAGACCAACAAAACUCCCAAGACCAACAAAGAAUCCUGAUCCUUCAUUUCAAGACCGGUGUAAGGGAAGCUUUGACGCUGUAGCAAAUAUCAGGGGAGAAGUCUUCUUUUUUAAAGGUCAGCACUUCUGGAGAACUCAGCAAGAUGGGCUUUUAGUGUCCACAGGUCCGGCACAAAUCCAAAACUUUUGGAUGGGACUUCCUCCAGRAACAAAUAAGAUUGAUGCUGUUUAUGAGAGGAGGAGUGACAGCAGAAUUGUCUUCUUUAUAGGUUCUCAGUAUUGGGUUUUCAAAAACACAGAGGCCAUGAGGGGGUACCCUCGGCCCCUCUCUGACUGGGGCAUGCGGAGGAAAGAUGGAACUUUGGUGAACCGGGUAGAUGCAGCCUUUGUCUGGGCCCACAAUGGCAAGACCUACCUGUUCAGUGGUGGGGAGUUCUGGAGGUUUGAUGAGACUCAAAGGGGUGAGCAGGUGACUUGGCAGCCAGAUCCGGACUACCCUCGGGACAACAGCAUCUGGGGAGGAGCACCGAUCCACAUGGAUGAUGUCAUAAGCUGGGGAGAAGGAGAUGCCUAUUUCUUCAAGGACAGCUUCUAUUGGAUUCUUAAGAAUGGAGGACUAAACCAGGAGUAUGUUGCCCCAAAGUCUGCUGGGGUGGACUGGCUCAGAUGUCCAGCUCCUCCACCGUCGCCCAAUACACCGAGUCCCCGGAACCCGAAGGGGUGCUCCUGUCACUUUAGCGGGUCAUCUCCAUCGCUACGAAGCAACUUUCUGAUCCUGAUCUSUCUUUUGAUGAUGAGUCUAUUUUAAUUAAUUAUUUAACAGAAAUUAUUCAUAGUUUUAUAAGCAGCCAUGUCGGUGUGUCAUCCCUGCCUUCACAGGACUGUAUUAAAGACUCUCA